AUGUUGUGCUCUAUGAUUUUGGUGAACCCCUCGUCUUUGGAAACCCAUUCGUGGACGGCCACAGAGGCGGCUAUCAAAAUCACCCCCAAUAACAAAAUCUUGAUGCCUUUCAAAUGCGAGGCGAAUUCCAACGUCUCGAGGUUCUUGAACGUGAGCCAGCCGUUCGGAUCAGGAGCCUCUGCCCCGUACAGUGCGGCCAGGAAAACGUUUUCGUGCGGAACAGGACACCCCAGCAACCAGGUAUAUAUGCGAGCAGUGAUGGACGCAAACACCGGUAUUUGCAGUACCACCAUCACCAGGCCUAUGACCGCGAUCUGGGCGUGGUACAGCACGGUCUUGAGCUCCGUCUGGAUAGUCUGCAAAAUCAGCCAGAUAGGCGGUCUUUCCGGGGCGUUGGAAUCAUACACAGUUCUGAAGGCGUAUUUUGUAUGGCAAAUAUCACAGGUGGUCUUCCGCGAAUGCUGGAGCCAGGACAUCAGGCAGUCCUGA